CUGUGCCGGCUGCACGCGGACCACGUGGCCGCCGCCCGGCGGGCCGCCCGCGCCGCGCUCCAGGAGUGCCAGUGGCAGUUCCGGCAGCGCCGCUGGAACUGCUCCACCGCCCAGGGCUCCAGGACCGUCUUCGGGCCCGUCUCCAGGAUCCCGAGCCGCGAGAUGGCGUUCGCGCACGCGCUGUCGGCGGCGUCCCUGCUGCACGCGGUGGCUCGCGCCUGCCACGACGGCCAGCUGGCGGCGUGCGGCUGCUCCCGCCGGGGCCGGCCGCGAGACCUGCACGCCUCCUGGCUGUGGGGCGGCUGCGGCGACAACCUGCACUACGGCUACAAGUUCUCGACGGAGUUCGCGGACGCCAACGAACGGGAGAAACCGCUGAAGAAGGGUUCGCGGGAGGCGGCGCGCGCCGUCAUGAACCUGCACAACAACGAGGCGGGCCGCAGGGCGGUGGUGCGCAAGUCGCGCGUGGCGUGCAAGUGCCACGGCGUGUCGGGGUCGUGCAGCCUCAUCACCUGCUGGCAGCAGCUGGCGCCGCUCAGGGAGGUCGGAGACUACCUGAAGGACAAGUACGACGGCGCGACGGAGGUGCGCGUGACGCGGCGCGGCCGGCUGGCGGUGCGAGACCGGCGCUUCUCGCGGCCCACCUCGCACGACCUCGUCUACCUCGCGGAGUCGCCAGACUACUGCGAGCGCAACGACACGCUGCGGCUGCCCGGUCAGUGCAACCACUCACUCCAGCAACAGCCUCCCCCGUCUGGCACUCCAACCAGUAUUCUUGCCUUGCACAGUUGUUUCAGCUGA